AAUGCGGGCGCUCAGAGGAGUUAUCAGUUUUCUCUCCGAGAAGCCGUUCCUGCGGUUGCAGUGAGAGCGUUCGCUGCCAUGCCCGAGCCGGCCAAGUCCGCCCCCGCGCCCAAGAAGGGCUCCAAGAAGGCGGUGACCAAGACGCAGAAAAAAGGUGACAAGAAACGACGCAAGAGCCGCAAAGAGAGCUACUCCAUCUACGUGUACAAGGUGCUGAAGCAGGUGCACCCCGACACGGGCAUCUCGUCCAAGGCCAUGGGCAUCAUGAACUCCUUCGUCAACGACAUCUUCGAGCGCAUCGCCGGCGAGGCGUCGCGCCUGGCGCACUACAACAAGCGCUCCACCAUCACGUCGCGGGAGAUCCAGACGGCCGUGCGGCUGCUGCUGCCCGGCGAGCUGGCCAAGCACGCCGUGUCCGAGGGCACCAAGGCUGUCACCAAGUACACCAGCUCCAAGUAGGCGCUUUCUGCGUCCCUCGUCUGACAUUUUCAACCCAAAGGCUCUUUUAAGAGCCAC